AUGCUGCGAAGAUCGCGGGGCAAGACGCCAACAGCGCUGUGCCUGGUCGCGUUCUUCUACAUUUGCCACCUCCGCCUCUCCAGUUGGAUGGGAGAGUUGGAAGACCCUGACCCAGAUGGUCCAGACGCCUUCUCGCUGAUGUUUCCUAAGUCGUACCGUGGCAUCGCCCUCUCUGCGGGCAGCCCUCGAACAAACAUGAUCAGCUGGAGCAUGCUCUGGCAUGACUGUUCAAUCAUGGUCAUCUUCGCAACAGUCGGAUAUGCAGUUUCCUACUCUCAGCAGCGAUGGCUCUGCGUCCCGCAUGAGGUCGAGGAGCACGUGCCGAACCCGCCCAGCCCACAGAGCGGAGCUCUGCUGGCUGCCGGGCUUUACGGUGCCAACAUCGCCUAUAAUGUGAUCAACAAGCGCUUGCUCAUCGCGCAUCCGCAUCCUUUGCUUAUCACCGGCGUGAACCUGGCCUCUUCAUCGUUUUGUGCAAUCCUUUGUUGGGUCUUUGGGCUGAUAAGCUGGCCUGGACGGAUGAGUUUGGACUUCUACCUGCGCUUGUUCGGGCUCGCGAUUUUCCAUUGGGGAGGGAUGCUCUUCUCCAACGUCUCCGUUUCCGAAGUCCACAUUUCGUUCACGCACACCGUGAAGGCGGCGGAGCCGUUUUUCACCGCUCUUUUCACUGCACUGCUCAUUGGGACAUGGCCUUCGCUACGUGCCUGGGCAAGCCUUCUCUUGGUGAUCGCCGGCAUCGUAGUAGCAUCCACGGCCGAGAUCUCGUUCACCUGGACCGGGUUCUGGGCAGCCAUGGUCUCCAACCUCUGUGUUUCGCUGAGGACGGUCUUGACCAAGAAGACGAUGGACACUCAUGUCAUGGAUCCUCUCAACUUCAUGGCGCACCUUCAACUGUCUGCCUGCCUGGUGUCGCUGCCAGCUGCUUUGCUCUACAACGUGCAUGCUGUGGGCGAGCUCGCUGAAGAUUCUAUGGCGUGGCCGCUGGCGGCCACAAUCGGGCCUUUGGUUUGGAUCUUCAACGUGGCUUCAAUCAUCAUCCUGGUCCACACCUCCACCGUGGUGCACUCGAUGGUUCGGUCCAUGCGAAGACCGCUGCUGGUACUCGCCUCGAUCAUCACGUUUGGAACCAGGAUCACUCCUCUGAAUGCUUUUGGGAUCUUGAUUACGCUGCUGGGAGCUCUUUGGUACCGCUUUGAGAUCGACCUCGGCAACCGAAAGCCGCUUCCGGCGUUUGGACAGUCAAGGAUGGCAUCCUGGGGCGCACCUCAGACUCGGAAGUGUUCAUGA